UGGCGUAGCGACACCUGGGAGAGCCGGAAGAGCCAGCAGAAGGAGCAGUUUCCUCGUAGUAACGUCAGAAUUGCUCCAUCAAAUUUUGUUUCGUGAAGAAGGAGGAUUUCUUUUUUUUAAAAAAAAAUAUUCACUUUCAGCUCUGGUUGGACUUACACGUGUGUGUGGUGUAGGCUGAAUAAAGAUGUGGAAGGCUUCUGCAGGACAGACAGUCCAGAUGACUGUGGACGAUGGAGGGGACGACUGGGAGACCGACCCCGACUUUGAGAAUGACGUGACGGAGAAGGAGCAGCGCUGGGGGGCCAAGACGGUGGCCGGCUCCGGACAUCAGGAGCACAUAAAUAUCCACCAGCUGCGUGAGAACGUGUCGACGGAGCACACCACCCUGAAGCAGAAGGAAAUGGAGACCAUGCCCAAAGCCUCACAUGGAUAUGGGGGCAAAUUUGGAGUCCAGGAGGACCGCAUGGACAAGUCUGCGGUGGGUCACGACUACCAGAGCAAGCUGUCCAAGCACUGCUCGCAGACAGACACCUCCAAGGGCUUCGGGGGGAAGUUUGGCGUGCAGGCUGACCGUGUUGACCAGUCUGCUGUCGGGUUCGAGUACGCUGGGAAGACAGAGAAACACGCUUCACAGAAAGACUACUCCUCUGGGUUUGGGGGGCGAUACGGAGUGCAGUCAGAUCGUGUGGACCAGAGUGCAAUGGGCUUCGAUUACCAAGGCAAAACUGAGAAACACGAGUCCCAGAAAGACUAUGCCAAGGGCUUUGGCGGCAAGUUUGGCGUGGAGACAGACAAGGUGGACAAGAGCGCUGUGGGCUUCGAGUACCAGGGCAAAACGGAGAGGCACGAGUCUCAGAAAGACUAUGUGAAGGGCUUCGGGGGAAAGUUUGGCGUGCAGACGGACAGGCAGGAUAAAUCGGCGUUGGGAUGGGACCACCAGGAGAAACUGCAGCUGCACGAGUCGCAGAAAGACUAUAAGCGUGGGUUUGGAGGGCAGUAUGGGGUAGAGGUGGAGAGGCAGGACCAGUCUGCCCUGGGCUAUGAGCACAAGGAGAGCCUGGCCAAGCACGAGUCUCAGAAAGAUUACUCUAAAGGAUUUGGAGGAAAAUUUGGCGUUCAGAAGGACCGGAUGGAUAAGAGUGCAGGGACUUUUGAGGACGUGGAGAGGCCGACCCCAUCCUACCAGAAGACCAAGCCUGUGGAAGCUGCUGGCAGCAGCACAGGGAGCAUCAAGGCUCGCUUCGAGAACAUCGCCAAGCAGAAGGAGGAGGAGGACCAGAAGAAGGCUGAGGAGGAGCGAAUGCGUCGACAGGCCAAGGAGAGGCAGGAGCAAGAGGAGGCACGUCGUAAGAUGGAGGAGCAGGCCAAGGCCCCCUCCCCCGCGCCCUCCCCCGCGCCUUCCCCCAGUCCCACCCCCAGCCCCACCCCUCCAGUCCAGCCGGCUGCCGCUGCCCCAGCGUACCAGGACACUGCUGUGCAUGAGGAACCAACUUACGAUGUGGCCGAGGAGAAUGGAGAGCAGGCGUACGACAGAGAGCCGGCCGGCCAGCAGGUGCAGGAGGACGAUCUCUACCAGAACCCGGAGCAGACCGAAGCCGGAGACGGCCAGCAGUACGAGUACAGCGAGGACCUCGGGGUGACAGCGGUGGCCCUGUACGACUACCAAGCAGCCGGUGAUGACGAGAUCUCCUUCGACCCCGACGACAUCAUCACCAACAUCGAGAUGAUCGACGAGGGCUGGUGGCGAGGCGUGUGCAGGGGCGUCUACGGCCUUUUCCCAGCCAAUUACGUGGAGGUCCGGCAAUGAUCCCCCCGCACCGAGACGGCUUGUCUCCCUGUCCUUAACGCAAAAGAGGAAGGCGACAUUUAUUACCCCCCCUCCCCUUCCCCUCCACACUUCUUUCUUUCUCUCUUCAGCUCAUCUUGGUGCUUCAACACUGUGCGAGACAUCCUCAGGUCUCAUAGCUGGCUUUCUUUUGCUCUCUUUUUUUUCCUCCAUGCUCUGUAAGUCUCCACCCAUUCAUCUCUGGUGUGCUUUGUUUCUCUCAGUGCAGCAAUAGAGAGGGAGGAAGAGUUGUCUCAAAGAAUGAUCCAGUACCAGGAAAACACUACUUGUAUAUAGAAGUUACUACCCGGGCUUAAAAAGGCACAAACGGCUUUGCUCGCUACUCUGCUUUGCACCAGUUAAAGCUACAAUAUGCAGUUUGGCUCCAUACACCCGCCGGCUUCUUCAACACCUGUGGUGGCUUUCCAGAUGCCAGUUACCUCUGUUUCAGGCCAGAUGCUGUUUUUUUUAAAGUAGUGAGCUGAUCAAGAUGAGUGACAAGCGCACGGGCAGGAAAUCGAAGUGGUUUUUGUGAGAAAGACCAGCGUUCAUCGCUCCAAAGCCACUCACUGCCUCAGGGGGAAAAGUUGCAUAUUGUAGCUGUAAGCUUUCCUUACAGAUACUACGUAGGCGUUGACCUUCACAAGGUGUCGAUCCGGAAUCGAAACCUUGUGGCUCACACACACACACAGAAGGAGAAGAAGGAACGUCUGUCUCACCAAAGACUCGAGUAACAACAGGAAUGAGCUAGAAAUGUCCUCAAAAAUGAGUCUUGCACACGAACGAGGCUCAGGGUGCUCACUGUUUAGUAGCUCAACUUUUCACAUUUUAACAUUAGCAGGCACAGCUGGAAGCAUUAAAAACCCCCUCGGGGACAUCAAGUAGUCACCAACUGCCCAGAAAGUGUGGACCAAAAAGCCAAAAGCUUCCUUCGCUUCUUGGUCUGUCUGCUUAAAAUUUGCUCAGUUGCACAGAAGUUUGAAUGCCCCUCCUUAUUUCAGCUGCACUUGUUUUUUUUUUUGUUUGUUUUUUUAUGAAAAAUGAACCUUAAACUAGUUUUAAUUCACUAAGAAUUGAAUACGUUCCUCUUAUUUUUCUGAACACUAGCAGCAGUUGUAGGGUUGAUUCACAUAUCAGUCAAUUAUAAGACGACUUCUUCCUUUAGCUGAUUAUUUACAGAAUCACGGGGCCAAAUGUCUAAGGACUCUGCUGUCAUCUCCUCUGUGGCAAAACAAACACUACAGCCGAUAGUAUUGAUUGAAUCAUCUCCAUCCCAUAGCCUACCUAAUCACCAUGCUUGUAACAAUGUACAGAAAGAUCAUGAUUUAUGAUGCUUAGAGAAAUAAUAUUGAACUGAAAAAAAAAAUUGUUUUGUUCCCUGUCACUGUGUUUUUUGGAUGUGGACGACGCUUGUGUAUUUGUGUCUUGCUGCCGUGGAUCGAAGUCCUCGGCGAACCCGACCCGUCACGUCACGGCGUGUUUUUCUACGCACAUGAAGCGAGGCGCGGUGGCCCGACUAACAUCCUUUAUCAUGACCAAACGGCGUGCGCUGGCGAGUGAGUGACCUUUUUCAAACGAGUGCUGUUUCUCUCUAGAGGACUCCCACCGCAGCGAUUACCUGUAGAAAAAUAUAGAGCGAGCCGCUCGGGCUCCAAGGGAACAAGUUGUGACGGAUUCUCGAAAACACUAAGUACUUUUUAACAGACAAGUAUGACAAUCUCAUUUAGUUGUCUGUGGAUAUCUAAUGCAGUAGUGUAGCUUCAACAGGAACGCGUGCGAGGGCUUUCAUCAGUUUCAUCUGAACUUUUGGGGUUUUAUAAGAAAAAAGUGACCUUUUCAAAUGAUUUUUAUCUGUACCUCUGUUUGCUUGAGUCACAUCAUUACCUGCUUGUUCUUUUUUUUUUUUUUUUUUUUAAAGUGAAUUGUUUCAAUAAACAAACCGUAUGGAUGGUAAAUUUA